AUUUAUUUUUUUUUUCUUGCAAAGGAAAUUACCUUUUCCAAAAAAUUCUUAAAAAGAAUAAUCUUUGGAUUAGAUUUGUACGAUAAACUGAAAUUAAUACUAAUAAACUUGUAGUCGUAAGUAUGUUGGUAUGUAUUCACUUCUUCAGUUUUUUACUUGCUAGUGAAAUUAAAAUAAACAAAAAAUUCCGUAAUCAAAUAUUUUAUUAAAAAAUUAGACAAAUAAUAGACAGCAUGAUCACCAUGAUCUGACAAUCUGGACUAUACUCUACUAUUUUCUCUAUAUUAAUAUUAUUAAUUAUUAAUAGACUAUACUAUAUGAUAGAUGUAUAGUCUGUAGUCUGACUAAUAGUCUAUAGUAUAUAAUAGUGAUAUCACUAAUCUAAUACUAAUAUUAAUUUUAUUAAAAUAGCCUAAAUAUUAUUUCAGUCCUUAGUAUUGUUAUUGUAACUUAAUGUAACCCACUCAACUAGAUCUAAUUAAUAUUAGUUUAGUAGACGGUUGUUAGUCUUUGACUUUGUAUUUUUAUUAUCGGUGAUCAAUUCAGUGAUCAGUAACAAAAACGUCAUCAUUACAUCCUUCUUUGGGCCUUAGUCUUAGGCCUAUUAUUAAUAAAAUUAGCUAUGUAUUAUUACUUUUAUGUAAGGCCUAUUGUUGCUAGUGUCUUGGCCUUGGUCAUGACUUGUUAACAAUGUUAAGGGCCUAGGCCCAGUGGCGUAGCUAGGGUUGGUGUCACCCGGUGCGGUAAACUCAUGGUGUCACCCCCCCCCCCCCCCCCCCCCCUCGCCAUUUUGUUUCACCCCCCCCCCCCCAAACUUCUAUGAUCGAUUUUUUCUUGUUAAAAUAAGUCCACAGUAUAGCAUUACUUUGAACUUUUAAUAAAGCACGCAUUUGGAUUGGUUAAAUUUGUGUAAAAUAUAUGUGUGAUCGGUUAUUCUUUUAUGAAUCUCGAUUUUUGCGAGCAAUGUGUGCCCUGUAAAUAUGCAAUUUUUCAAUUGGGUGUCACCCCUAAAAUGGUGUCACCCGGUGCGGUCCGCACCCCCCGCACCUGCCUCGCUACGCCACUGCCUAGGCCUAAGUGAAUAAAUUUAUUUCAAAUUAUUUUAUGCUAACUAUACUGUACUAUUCUAUUAAUAUUAUUAAUUUAAUAAUACUAUUAUUAGAAUUAGAUCUAACUAUUUUUUUAUACUACGACUACGACUAUGCAGCUAAUAAUACUAAUUGUUUUUAACAUCCCCGAUUAUUAUUAUUAUGUUACAUCUGCUUUAAUGAAUCUUAUAUACCAUUGCCAUGCAUGAGGCAUGUAACUUGGUCAUCCUAUUUGAAGUGAUAGUGUAUACAUUAUUGUGUUAUUCCAUUCAUCAAUGGCAUUCUCAUAAAAGUUUAAUUUUUAAAAAUUAAAAUGGUCAUUAAGUUCAUUAAGUAUAAUAUAUAAACCCAUUAUCAUUAUGAUUAUCAUUAAAAAAGCCUGUUGUUUCAUAGCAUUCCUGCUGACAUAUUAAAUACAUCCUUGAUCGGAUUAAAUCCCUAUUUAAGAAGCAAGGGCAAGGUAUCAGCAGGGAGGGUCCUCACUGCAAUCUUUCCAUGUGGGAAAUAUUUAUGCUGUUCAACUUCAUACCUCUGUUGCACAUAUUGGUAACAUAUUAGUGUAACCAAGACAUAGCUAUCCAGUGGGUUGUGCCCCUAUGUCAGAGUGACGUUAAGGCUGGAGCUGUGAAGAGCGGAUGACUGAUGAGAACCAUUGUGACAAGUUUUUACUUGGAGGAAGAUGGUGGUGAAAAGAUAGGAGUCAAAUUUAGGGGCCCACCUUGUUGCAGUCUUUGAAAGUGUGCUUGGGGAUCAUGAAUAAAAAGUUAGUAAAGCAGCUUCACUUCACUUCUAUUUGGAAAGUUUUUCCUUGUGGAGUUAGUAGAGUUAUAUGAUGGCACUGUGCAGUCGUUGGGGAAUAAGUAUAAGAUAAUGUGGGUUCCAUGACAAAAUGACAAAGGACAAAAAAAAAAGUGAAAAAAUGACAAGGUGACAAAAUGACAAGGUGACAAAGCAGUUCGUAUUAGUAGUGAAGAGGAGUACAACUUCUAGAGACUGAUAGUGUCUGGCACUUGGCAGGGUGAAAUUCCAUGUCCCAGCUCAUCUCCCCCUUAGCUAACCGAUUGAGAUCCUGUUGUAGCUGGUCCUGGUCAGAUCUGUUGGCAAUCGUCCUAUACACAGCGGUGUCAUCUGCGAACAGUCUUGCUUGAAAUGUCAGUUUCUCGGGUAGGUCAUUAAUGUAUGUUAGGAACAAACAGGGGCCUAGCACUGAUCCCUGGGGGACCCCUGACUUCACACCAAUAAAGGCGGAGUUUGUACCGUCCACUACUACUGCUUGGCAUUGGUUGCUGAGGAAGCUAGAGAUCCAUGUUUUUGUGGUGCCUUGGAUCCCAUAUCCGUGAAGUUUGUGUAGAAGUAUAUAAUCAAGUCAACAUUUUAAGAUGUUUUACAUGCUUUAUAGUUGGAGAAACACGGUAUUCAGUUAUCAGACUUGUGCAUAAUUACAUUAAUUAAUUACCAUUAGAAUUACAUGACCUAUUUUUGUAAUUAUAUAUCAUUUCCAUUACUUUAUUCAAAAGUGUAAAUAGUUACCAAUACAAAUUACUUCACUUUUGACCUGUAAUAACAAAUAAUUUUUUUGAUUUUUAUAUAGGGAUUUUUGAACAUCAACAUCGUUUUACUAAGACAUGUUUCCUUUCACAAUACAGUACAUGCACAUUAUUUGGAACCAGCUUUUGGAUUUUAUUGUUAUACAAGAAAGUCAGAGUAGUUCAUUAAAUGAUUUUACUGUAUUUCUGAAUACACAAUAAUAUUUUGUAGCAGACCCUUACAAAUUUCAUUGAUUGUCUGUGUGUAUGAGCAAGCAUGACAUACUUUACAAGUGCCUUAUAAUUUUCAGCUUGCUCAUUACUUGGAGACAAAAUGUAUGUCAUAUUGGGUCAAAGUACUAUAUGAGUAUGCUGUAUACCAUGACACUAUAUUCAUAAGGAUGUGAUCUGCUAUACAAUAUUUUCACUUUUACCCUGAAAGUAAACAUUUACAGAAGUAAUUUAAAAAAGUACAAUUACAUUGAGAGUAUUUAAUUACAAUUACUAAUAACAGUAAUUUUAAAUAAAAUGUGUAAUUAAUUACAGCUGUUAUUAAUUACCUCUAGUAUGUCUGUUAUUAUGCAUAAGAUGGUGAUCUUAAAAGGUGUAUUACUAUUAUAAUUAUACUGUACAGUCUCCCCUAAAAGUAUGUCUACCUAAAUAAGGCAAAUAGCUUUGUGAAAUUUCAGUAAGUCCCUCUGCAGUUUAAUAUAAUGUAAUGGUUAAACAGAAAACUUUAUUUAAUUCAAUGAUUUUUUUUGGUGCAAAAUAGUACAAUAUGUAACAAUGACAAAAACAAAAUUAAAAAAUUACCCAAAAAAAAAUCGGGUUUCUGAGGUAGCCGCUGAUUGAGAAAAGGUAACUCCCUUGCUAUCGAUGAUAAUUUAUAUCAACGUUUUUUGUUUUUUUUAUUUAAUUUUCCGCUUAUUAAUGUUAUCGUGCUCGGCCCACAAACUUAUGAGUGUUUUGAGUUUUGGCCUCUGAACAAUUGAGUCUUAUACCCAUGUUCUAGAGUGAUCUAGGUUGCCACCAGCUUCGUUAGGGGCCUCUACAGAGAUCUAGGUGCUGUCGCCACGUUGUUGCCCUGAGACCUUGUCAUUUUGUCACCUUGUCGUUUUGUCUCCUUGUCAUUUAGUCACUUGUCAUUAUGUCCUUUGUCGUUUUGUCACUUGUCAUUAUGUCCUUUGUCGUUUUGUCACUUGUCAUUAUGUCCUUUGUCAUUUAGUCACUUGUCAUUAUGUCCUUUGUCGUUUUGUCACUUGUCGUUUUGUCUUUUGUCGUUUUUUCUGGUUACCGAUGAUCUGGUGUUCACAAAACAUUUUACCCUAACCCUAACCCAUUUAUUAUUCAUAUUAUAUACUGUCAUUCUGAGCUAAAACAAGAAAAUUAAGUUCCAGUAAUCUUUUGGUCUAUAUGGAGUGCUAUUCUCAUUUAGUUCAAAAUCCUGAUAAUAGAAAGUAAACAAAAGCCCUUUUAUUUAUUUUGUUAUGUUUAUUAAAAUUCACUUUAUAAAUAAUAUAUUACCAAGUAACAAAUAAUUAUUAGAAUAAGCUUGGCUUUUUUUUCAUCCUACCGACAAUGUUUUGUAAAUGGAAAUUAGCGAAACUAAGUAUGGAUAAAACCUGAAAAAAGAACACCACUAAACAAUGAACAUGUCAGCAAGAAGCCUUCAUCAGUGAGUAGUAAAAACAGAAUUAAAUAAAAAUAACACUUACUGAAAUGUAAUAUCCGAGAGGACAGCAGGAGGAACGAGCAAUUCCUUUGGCUAAAUAGAAACUAUAAAAUUUAAAUUAAAAAGAAGUUAACAUGUAAUAAUAAAGUUUAUAGAAUAAUCCUGAAAUGUAUUUUUUAGUUGAUUACAUAUGCUAUAUUAAAUACAAUCAUUUUUAUUUAAAGGUCAGUUUUAGUGUCUGUUAGUAAAUAGAAGGAAAAAUUCCUAGAGCCUUUAGAAUGGAACAACUGCUUUUGUUUUGUGGCCAAUAUGUGGGCCCUGCUUUAAGCUUACAAUAGACACUGUAUACUUUGUUUAGACAUCACGCUGUCAAUUUUAUUUUAAGAGAUCAGAUCAACAACUUGUAUCUCAUAAAAGUUUAUUCUAUCAAAUAUUGAUGAAAGAAUCUUACUGGUUUUAAGAACUGAAUGAUACAUAUGGUAAUACAGAGUUGUGUAAAUUGACACGUAAAAAGACUUGAACUUUUUCUAUUUUUUCUUUUAAAAACUUACAAUCUUGUUUUAUUUAUUUCAGAAGUAGUCAAUUUACAUUUAAUAGUAAAUAUGGCAUCACAUGAAAAAGGUCAAGGAGAUGCUGAACCAGAUGAAUCGGUUCCACCACAAGAAGAUUACAUUCAUAAUCCAGAAGAAUUUAUAGAUAUUCAUGGGCGCCAAAGGACUAAAAAAUUACAUUUAACGGAUAAUGAAAAUGCAGAAUUAGAAAAAAGUUCCUCUCUUUCUGCAUCUAUGUUACAUUCUAUACAAGACUUAAAAGUUCCAGUACAAGUAAGUGAGGAAAGUGACUUAAAAGAAAAUCCGGAAGAAACAUCAGGGGCAAAAGUGAUAGAGGAAAGCAUCUCGAGUUCAGAUCCUGCAGAAAAAGUCACAGAAAAGGUCCGUGCAGAUGAGAGUGAUUCAGAAUAUCAAUCAGCAGAUGAUGGUGAAGAAGAAGAUGAAAGUGAUGAUGAGUUCAUCCCAGUUGGAGAUGAAGAUGAUUGUCAUUACAGGGAAGAAUUUAGUGAAAAGGGAGCUUUCAGUACUUAUGAUGAAACAAAUGAUAAUGAAAGUUGUGAGGAUUCAGAUAAAGAAGAAAAGGAAUUAGAUUUAGUUGAUGAUUUGGAUGUUCGUAAAAAAAUAGAAGAACAGCUUACUGAAGAUGAGAAACUGGUAAGCAGAUAAAUAUUUUUAUAAGAAAAUUGGAAUCAUCUGACCUGAUGAUAUGAUUAAUUUAAUAUUAUACAAGACAACAUUUGUCUAAAUAAACUUAACAAACUUAUUGGUUACUGUAAAACAAAGAAAAAUUGUAUUUCUUUUUUACCACAUUUGGCGUUCUUAAAAGGAUGCUAUGGCCUUGACCUUUACUGAACUUCACUGAUGGCCAUAGGAUUUUUUCCAAAAUGAUAACAAGACCAUCUUUUAAUGGAGACACCUUGCCGUUUUCAGCAUUUUACCACUUUCUUUAAUUAGAAAGGCUAGAAAAUUAGGGUGAUGGGAUCGGGUCUAUAGGAGAGCUAAGGGACAUUAGGACAAGGUGAGAAGGAAAUGGUAAAGUGUCCACAAGUAAAGUAGGAGACAAGGAGGGUGUGGGGAGAGAGUGAACUUGUGCUUUGGAUUGGUGAGAGGGCAGGGUUUGAGGAAGAAGAGGUUAGUUCUGAUGGAGAAUGUAUGUAGAAGUGAGUGAUAGGGAGAGAUAAAGCAGGUUGAGGGAAUAGUAUUAUGGGUAGAGUGGAGAGGGAGAAAGUAGGUCAGAUGGUCUCUCUCACUAGAGAAAGCUUUACUAUUAUAUUUUAUUGACAUUUUUUUAACUCGGGUAUCAGAAAUGGGGAAUUGUGAAGAAUUUUUUUUUUAAAUAGAUGUAUAAAGAUUUUGUAAAAUGAGUAAAACAAAGUAGGGUUAAACCUGAAAAAGGAACGCAACAAAACAACGAACGUGUCGGCAGAAAGCCUUCAUCAGCGAACAAAACAACAGAAAAAACUAAAUAAAAAUAAAAAAUAGCACUUAGCUUAGAAUUAGAUUCCGUGGGCAGCAAACAUUUCUUUUGUUUUACUCAUUUUAUAUUGUGCUUACCUGAUUGCAGUCUCUCCCAUUAUUACCCUAUAUAGAUUUUGUAAGUAAAGAGACGAUGAAAUGUAAUCAGUAGUUCAUGAACUUCUUUCAAACAUUUUGAAAUGGAGAAUGAUACUAAAAUUUGAAGUAGUAAGCAUAAAGCUUUUGGUUGUUUUUUUUUUAAAUUUUGUAAAGAAAUUCUUCUUCCUCUAUAUCUUAAGGGCCCACAAUCAAUUUAUUAUCAUUUUGGCUCCUAUGCAUGUAGAGGGGAUUUGCAAUGUUUCUGUACCUGGUGCUGAUGAGGAUAUUUCAAUGAAUUUAUUAAUUGCAAGCCAUUCCACAAUUAACUGUACUAAGAAUUACCAGGCUUGAAUUUUGGCUGCUUAAAUUUUAAGGAAAAUACAACAAUGAAAAUCAGAAAGUGAAACUAAACACAAAAUUAAAUUAUUACCGGUAUCAUAUAAAACAAAUCUGGGACAUUUAAAAUCUUUUAGAUGUUUCAAUUUUUCAAAUUGAAAAUUGACUGGAGUUCAGAAGAAAUCCCCCACCAACACACUCUCGAGGAAAAAAAAACUGAACUCUGGCUGGCUCCACUCUAGUUCUGGUUAAAAGUACUCCAUUUUUAGAUCACUAUAAUAAGUAGACAUUUUUUAGUUUUAAGAUUGUUACAUUUUAUUUUAGAGUUAAAUGUAAUUGGAUACCUGUGAUCAAUAUUCUUAACACUAUUUCUAUUAUUAUAAAAUAUGACUCUCUUUAUUAAGUAUUUUGUAUAGAGGAAUACUUACAACUAUUGUUUUAUUUUGAUCUAAAUCUUUUUGUAAAACUUUUUAAAUUAGUUAUGUUUCUCAACACAUUUUAAUCACCUUUUUAAGGAGAGGAAAACCAAGAGCCAACUGAUAAAAGAUGAAGGGAAUAUUAAAUUCCGCCAAGGUGACUUUGAUGAUGCAGUUGCUGCAUACACAGAAGCAUUGGAAAUUUGUCCAUUGAUUUUUCACAAAGAAAGAUCUGUUAUGUUUGCCAACAGAGCUGCUUGUAAAAUGAAGCAGGUAUAUUUAUAAUAAAAAUUAAUAAUUUACAGAGUUAUGUUUUUUAAAUUAAAUGUAAAUCCUUUUUUGUAGGUAAAUGACAGAAUCUAUAUUCUGUGUUAAUAAUAUAAUAUAUAUAUAAUUCCCUACAAGAGGCCUAUGAUAAAUGCUGAAUAUGUAUUGAUUACUUACUCCCCCAUAUUGUGUUAAUUGCAGAUUUUUAUUGACCUUGAUGACCCUAAACGGGAUGAAACUAUCAUCAUUCGAAUAGAUUAUAGCUUUUGACAAUGUAAACUUUGAUAGUUAUUUAAUCUAAUGCAGGUGUCAGCAACAUUUUUUUAUGAGGGGCCGGUAAGAUUAUCUCAUCAGGCUCAGGGGUCAGAUACAUGGCUCCAAAAUCAAGACAUCCCAUAUUCAUGAUCAUAUUAUUAAUAUCUCACACAUAAAACAUGCUUGACACACUUUAAUUUCCUUGUCUCAAUGUAAACGAAGCAAGAAAUUAGUUAUUUUCUGACAUAAAAUCAGACAGCAUUAAUUUAACUGAGAUGCCAAUGAAAUAUUUGUAGAGGAAAAAUAGGCAUUGCCCCAUUGUCUUUUUUUCACAUCAGUGAGGAGCAUAACACUAAUUCUCCUCUGCACAGUGACAUUGCUUGCAAGUGCUCAUCAGACAAAGUUUCUCUGAAAUUUGCAAGUGCUCAUAAGACAAGGUUAAUUAGACACGAAUAAUAUGUGUCAAUAUAACAAUAUAAGGAAGCUUUAAUAAUAAUUUUACAUAAUCGCAAGUAUACGUUUUGGCACAUGCCUUCAUCAGUACCAAAAAAAAAAAAAAAAAAAAGGAUAAAUUAAAUUUAUUUUUUUUUUUUUUUUUUUGUAUAAAUUAAAUUUAAAUAAUAUAUAAAUACAUAUAUCCUAACUAAACAAGGGGAGAAAAAAUAGGAGUGGGUGAAAAAAACAGACAGAAGCAAAGUAAAGAAGAAUGGAAAGGAAGUGACUUAGAGUAAAAUGUAAAAAAAACAAACAGGAAAAAGACAUGGCAGUUAUGUAAAAUUGUGGAUUUGGUUUAUCCCGUAUGGAGUCAACGUACCAAAUCUUGUUAUCAAUUUAUUCUCCUUAAAAAUCCUAUCCGAUGUGUUACUAGUAUACAGUAUACCAGUAACUGUGAUGUCUAAAAUUCCAUCAUGGUUAGUUCUAUUGAAAUGUUUGGAGACCGGACAGAGAGCCUGUUUAUUUAUGUUGUAGAAGUGUUAUGUUUGCCAACUUCUCAUCAGACAAGGCUGCUCUGUAACUAGAUUUCCCCUAGUUUGAAAAUGUCUUCUCACACAACUAGACACUGUAAUGGCAAAGAAUGAAAUAAGCAGAGACCUAAAAUGAAGACAUAUAUAUCACCUGGAAGCCAGUUGUAAAGGUUUAUUAGCUUCCGUCUUUGAAUCCCAAUUUUUACAGAGUAUAAAUUGCAUAAUAGUUCUUCCUAGGUUUUCAAUUUUAUUCUAGAUAAUGCCUACUAAGUUUGGCCUAGAUCCAUUAAUCACAUAGAAAUUUGUACUGUUAUUUAUAUGGUUUAUAUAAGAAAAUAAUACACUUGUCCCAAAAGGAGUAAUUUCAGAUGACGUUUCAGCACCAUAAUAUACAUCAAUUCCCGUGUUAUAUUUAAGCUGUCAGUUACUGAAGUGUCGAUGUUCUGUCAGUCAAUGAAGUGUCAUGUUAUCACUUAUUCUUCCAUGCCUUCAUGAGUUCUGGUUUCCGGAUAAACAAACGUGCAGGCCGGAUGUGGCCCAAGAGCUGUAGUUUGAAGACCCCUGAUAUAAUGUAUAGUUAACACUCUUAUCAUUUUAACUUACAUAAGAUUUUGAAAUAUUUUAUCCCUACUGGGGAUAUUUAACCAGUCACAAUCCCACUGAGUAUAUUUACCAGACAGUCACAAUGUUAGCAGUAAAAACGUUUCUACUCAUGAGCAUUAUAACUGCAAAAGAAUAUACAAAUGUUAGUAUUGCAAAGAAAAUUAUAACAUUAUUAAUGGAUUUUUUAUCUUAUCUAAUUUAUGUUGCAACAGGAAUUGUACGAUGAUGCAAUAAACGACAGCACCAGGGCUCUGGAAAUUCAUCCACACUAUCUUAAAGCACUCUUGCGUAGAGCAGAACUCUAUGAGAAAACUUCAAAACUUGACGAGGCAUUGAAAGACUAUCAAGACGUUCUACAAUUGGACCCUUCCCAUCAAAUGGCCAGGGCUUCUUGUAUGGUAGGUUCUAUAAUUUAAUUUCAAUGUUUAUUCAUAAAUUUAAAUUUUAGUCUCAAAAUAUAUUAAUAUUAUUAAUAUCAAGGCUGUCAUCCAAGCCUCCUGGUUAUAAUACCUAGCAUUGUUCUUGUCAUCUCUGUCAAAUACUUCAAAGAUCAUCACAAAUCCUGCUAUAAUACAAAGCAUUUCUUGUCUUAGAUUACUUAUAAUAUAUAAUAUAACAUAACACUAUUGUGUCAAAUUUAAUUUGUCUUUAUUUGGGACAGUUUGUGACCCUGGGGUGGGGGAGGGGGGGUUUUAACCCUCGAACUGUGGUCGGCUGAUGAAAUCGGCCGAUAUUCUCGUUCUGUGCUGUGGCAGCCGAAAAAAUCGGCCGAUAAAAAACACGGUCCGAUAGCAACUUCCAAUCCAAUAUUUUACCGAAAUCAUAGCCAUUUCCUUUUAUUAAUAAUUAAAUCAACUUCUGGGUCAAGCUGUUUCUUGAUAACUUAACAAUAAGUACUUUUUCAUCGGAAUUUUACAUCGCCGUUUUUUUUUAAAGCAAAAAUGGCAGAAGCUAUGGCGGGGCCUUCAGUUCAAGAACUAGUAUAAAUAUUUUUGGAAGCUUUUUAGGAGAGGAUUUAAGUGAUACUGAUGAUGAUUUUAACAUUCCCCAUGACGAUAUCAGUUCAGAUUCUUCUUUUCAUGAAUCUGAUACUAGUCUUAGUGAUACUGAAGUAGGCCUACUGAGGCUACUAUUUGACUUCAAGCCAGGCCCGGAGGUUGGGCAAGGACUGACUGAAUUUUAGUUACAAAAGCUACAGAUUAUAGAUCAGAACUAAUAAAUUUUAUAGUUUAACAACCCAAAUCAGUUCCACAGUUCCUUUUUAAAUGUUUACUAGUCAAUAAUAAUUAUUUCACCUGAGAUUUUGUACUUGGUUUUAGCAGUAAUCCCAGUUUCUAAUAUAAAUGAUGUAAAAUUACUAAAAUUGCUCUCAGAUGUUUAAUUACAAUCAAAACUUUAGCAAACUAUACAUUUUCUGAUAGAUAAAUGAAUUGGCAACAACAUUUAGAUUUAUGUUUUUAGUGCAUCUAUAACAUUAAUGAUGUUAUAAGCACUUGAAAGCAAGACAUUUUGUUUUUUAUUUUCAUGAGAACUCCAAGGUCAAGGACACUGAGCAAAAAAAUUUUUUACGAGAAGGGCAAUAUAGCCAACUUUAUCCCCAUCUAUUUACCUUUCUAAAAAUAUAUAAUUAUUGGGGUCUUGCAUCAAUAUUUCUAUGUCAUUUAAUGCAAUUUCAAAAGGCACUCAAAAAGCUCUGAAAAGCUCCACCCCACAGAAUGAUGCAUGCCACAAUUCGAGGGUUAAGAUCAUAUGUGAAUAAUUGUGAUGUCACACUUUUUUUUAUCAUAAAUAUAUGUUAAAAAAAUCUUUUAAACUUGCUGACAUUACUAAUACCAAUGGUAAUUGUCACAUGAAAGUGCAUUUACUAUGUAUAUGUGUAUACUAUAUAUGGUUUUAACAGUACCGGGUACUUGUAAUUUCAGAAACUUGCUGAAAAAAUAAAAGAAAGGAAUGAAAAAAUGAAGGAAGAGAUGAUAGGUAAGGGAAAAACAAUAAUCUUGACACGUUUCAUUAUAUAGAGAAUAGUUUUUAUGUGCUUAACAGUGUAUUCAAUGAACCAUUUACAUUCUGCUCAAUAUGAGAAAUAAAAAUUGUUUGAAAUGUAUGGUGAUAUUAGCUGCCCAUGCUUGGUUGUCAAACUUCUCAAGGAUGUUGUCGCUGUAGCAAAAUUCCUUGGUAACAAGAAAAUUUGUGUGAGCAAAUCUUGUCAACCCUAGGCUUUAUUUAUUCUGUCAAAUAUGCCAGGGCGCUUAAAAACUGCAUAAGAAUAUUAUAUACUAGUACUAGGAGAUAUUAGAAAGAAACAAUACUUGUUUGGUUAAUUAUUAUGUAACGAAAUCAAUCAUUUGAACCAGUGGUUUCUUCUAAUAAAAAAUAUUCUUUUUUCGUUUUAUUCCACUAAUUUGUGCACAUUUGAAUUUUUGUACCCUACACAAGUUCUUUUUAAAAGAAAGUAUUGUUAAUUUUUUAUAUUUUUACUUUUGCAAUUAUUUUUUUUGCAGGAAAGCUAAAGGAUCUUGGAAACCUGGUGUUGCGACCCUUUGGUUUGUCAGUAAAUAAUUUUAACCUCCAACAAGACCCAACAACAGGCUCUUAUUCAGUUCAGUUCCAACAGAAGCCAAAUAAUGGAUCUUGACAGUUGCUCCUUAAUCAAGUAGUACCAAUCUCAAUGAUUUCAUUUGACUUGACAAUGUUCCCAUGACACGGAGAAGGUUAUUAGCACUUUUCUUAUGGGAUCAAUAUUCUGUGAUGAGGACACUAAUUAUAGUUACAGGGACAAAAAAUUAGAGGGUUUUUUUAAUUCUCUACAGAACUUUUGAUGGAAUUAAGCAGUAAAGGUUGAUGACAAAAAUGCGUAUGUGAAGAAUUAAGCUAAUUUCUUUAGUAGUAAAUAGUUCAUUUCCAAAUGAGAAUCAGAGAAGCAUGCAUAAUUGUUUGACAGUGGUAAUUCUUCUAGACAGGUAUCCUGAUAAAAAGACAUUUGUAAACUAUCCAUUUCUUAUCAAAUUUAGCACCUAAGAAGGCUUAGAUUAUGUCCAUUGGUCAAAAUUCUCAUAAGAUUUUUCUUUAAAAAAUGUAUAAUCCAAAAGAUAAAAAAAAGUUUAGGAAAAUGGUUGAAGAAAGAAAAUAGAUUUCGUGAAUAAUUUCUGGCAAGACAAAAUUUUAUAAUAUGGGCAUACUUAUAAAUAAAAAAAUAAAAAAAACAAGUAACAUUAAUAAAUGGGUAUUACUACUACCUACUAAGUACUAAGACACAUAUUUUCCUUUAUAACAUUAUUAUUGUUUUGGUUUAACUGCCAUUUGCAUAAAUUCAGACUUGGUUUUGAAGUGACUUGUGCAAUCAUGCUUAUGUUAUUUUAUUAUGACUUUUACCAUGUUCCAAUCCAUUGAACCAUCAUGAAAUUAUUAAGUGCUUUAGUCACAUUCCCUGGCUAUUAGCUUUUGUUCUUUAAUAAAAUUGUUUCAGUAAUAAUUUAUAAGUAUAUCAUUUUCAUUUGUUUGUUUUUUUAAAAUAAAAUAUAUUUUAACAAGUUUUCAUUUCUUUGUUUAGUGUUGUAUCAAGAUCCAUAAAUAGUUUAUGAACUUAGACACACAUAUUACCGGUAAUAAAUUAAACCAAUAAUCAUCAAUAAUCUCAAUGUGUGUAU